GCGGAACUCGAUUUGGGAGCCCCCGCCAGUCCUGUUCGCGUCUGCGUGCAGGCGCCGCGCUUCUGCCGCUCAGAUCCAGCCGCACGUGUCCGCCCUUCUGAGGCCCGCAGGCGGGCGGCGUUGUCUGUGGUUAGUGGGCGGCGCCAGCUCUGCGCGCGAGGAGAGCACACGCGCGGCCAUCUUGGCCGCCGCGGGUCAGUCCUUGCUGUUCAGCUUCGCGGAGCACGCCAGCCACAGCUUCGAGGUCGUGCUGGAGUGCUUGGAGGACGCACUGGCGGCAGCCGUGGGGGAGGCCGUGGCGUCGGGCGCGACCGAGGCCGACGUGUGGCGCGCCGUUGCCCAGAGGCACCCAGACCUGGUGCACGAGCUCGCGGACUUCGCCGCGGCCAGCGCCGAGGCUCCGACGGCAGCGGCCGCCUCCGCGGGCCAGAGUCCGGCGGAGGUCUUCCUGAGCCUCUCUGGCCAGGUGGGCGCGGCCGAGGCGCUUCGUUGCGUGGCAGCCAGCGCUGAGCAGCAGGAGAGUCCGCAGGGCUACUUGGACCGCCCGAGCGGAAAACGCCGAGUCAUGUACCUCCUGACGGCACUUGAGGCCGCCGUGGCCAGCGCUGGUUUGCGUGCCGUUGUCGCGUUUCUCCACGUGGACACGCUGACGCGGUCGCUCUUCAUAGACGAGCGCGGCGCCGAGCUGCUGGGCCUUGUCGUGGGCUUCGCUCAGCACCGGGAGCUGGAGCAGGCGGAGGCGCCGUUACGGUUCGUUUUCCAGACCGACGACGCGUUCACCUCUCUGUGGGCGCUGAGCCCUCCGCGGACGUCCAGUGUUGUCCCGCUGACUGCGGAGUGCUUGGACGGCGCUGGCACUGGAGUGCUGGUGAUCGAGGGCGACCCCGUCGUGGACGUCGAUGCGGGCGAGCCCGAGGACAGAGGCGGCAAGGCGGGUCAGCGCGAGGGCCCCUCCUGCCGGAUGGGCGCCCGCUUCCAGUGGCAGAUGGACCAGGUCCUCAGCUUUCCGGCCGUUCUCGAGCUCAGGCGCUCCCACGCCAGCUCGGCUACCGCCUUCAGCGUCGUCCUGUGGGAGACCCUGCGACACCUCUGCAAGUCAGCGCACCUGCUCGUGCCCCAAGGCAGCACGGACUUGCUGCAUCCAGUCGUACAGGGGAUGGUCCACGCGAAUUUGUUGGAGCCGCGCUGGGGACCCACCAGGCUGGUCAUCCCGAGCGAGGGCACCAGGCAGCGCCUCGUCGCGUGGAUCGAGUCGCAGCACGCGAAGCUGUCGUGGGACCAGCGGCUGGAGUAUAACAUUCUGGCUCAUCCGCGACCGCCCGGCGAUCCUGAAGGAGAUGGCCCGCGGAGCCGGCGGCGGGUCGGGGUUCGGAUGAAAAUCAGGCCGCGCCCGCUGUACGUCAGUAUCGCGCCG